AUGCCCCCUCCCACGAAACCGCCAAGUUCCGGAGCCCUUCCUAGUGGUGAUUUACAGGCAACUAGUGUGGCUCGGAGCUCCCCAGUCGUCACUAGAGAGAGGGGCGGUCCUCUGGCGAGGGCGAUCCUCCCCGUGGUAGACUUGACGGGCGACAGUCCUGAGCUUCAGCCUAUGACGGCCCAACGCAGACAUAGUGCAAAUGCUCAGACAUCUGAUCUCCAUGGUCAAACUUGGUCGGAGUUCUUGCAAGACCGGUCUUCCGGUGGUCAGGGAUCAGGUGAUGCGAGUUCUAGGAGCUCUCCGCGAACAAACCGAAAACGAAGAUUAGUGAGUGCUGGGGAUAAUAGUAGUCAGCCAGAAAGAGUGCGAAGCUCGAUUCCUGGAGGCCCUUCGAGUGCCCAACCAGGUCUUUCUAGACACGCUUCCUGGGCAAGAAGCAGUUUUGGGACUUCAACGACAGCAUCUGAUAAUGGUGGUACUUCACCCCGAAACUCAUUAGCAAUGGCUCGCCAGCUAAAUUCUUUGAGACAUCGUGAGAGGAGUUUUACAGACUACACUCUCCCAAGAUGGCAGCCUGAUUCAGAGGUGUCUCAUUGUCCAAUUUGCCGGACGGCUUUUAAUUUUUGGUAUCGAAAGCAUCACUGCAGGAAAUGUGGGCGGGUUGUUUGCGCAUCUUGUUCACCUCAUAGGAUCACCAUUCCUCGCCAAUUCAUUGUAAGACCACCAGAAUCGCGCAAACCACUACCCACAAUUGCACAACCGAUCUCAACAAGGGCGGAAAUUAUCAGCCUCAUUCAUGAUGACGAGGAGGAUGUCAACCAACCACCUUCAUCUUCUUCUCGCCAGCAUGAGCAGCAGUACCAAUUUUCAAACCAAGCUCUUGGUGGAGGGGAGGAAGUUCGCCUUUGCAACCCUUGUGUCCCUGAUCCAAAUCCAGAACCUCCUCGGCGGUACAGUAUCAUGGAGUCGACUGGGCGUCAAAGGUCGUCCAACGUUACAGGAAAUAGGCCUCACAUUUCUCUUUCAUCUUCCUCUCUUCGAAGCUCAGAGAUAUAUGAACAUUUGCCGUCCUUCCAUAGGCCUUCUGCUUCCCUUGGAUCAGCUUCCUUUAUUAAUUCAGAAGCAGCCCGCGAACUCCGACGACACCGGGCUCGUAUGACCUACCAGCCUGGAACAUCCGGCCUACAUCAUACAAAUGAAGCAGGUAUGGGAGGCAGGCGAUUACCAUCCUACGACGCGGUUGAUUAUGCAUUUGGAGCCACUAGUCCUGCAUUUCCACCUUCCUAUAGGCAGUCUCAGGAUGUGGAGGACCAAGUUCAGUUUCCUACUUCAUCUUAUUCUCCACGCACUGCUAGCGCUCCUGAUUAUCAGCAACGUCUCAAUUAUUCACCCGCAUAUUCGCUAUCUCAACGCACACAGCUUCACCAUGAUCAUCACCGUCAUCCACAAUUAGAUGCGAGUCGACCACUUCCUCAUCCCCCUAGACAGCGGCCAUCCCAGCGCAUCGAUGAAGCUGAUCUCUGCCCAAUUUGCAAUAGAAUGCUUCCACCUCAAGGACGAGAUGGAAACGAAGAAGCACGAGAAACACAUAUACGCGGAUGUAUCCGUAGUCAUAGUGAUCGUCACGGAGCAACAUCAGAUCGACAUUCCUCCCCCCCUCCUGGUAGCGGUCAGAUGGUGCAUUUCACAGCGACAGAGAAGGACUGCAUCAGCCAGGACGGUACGUCGCAGGAAUGCACCAUCUGCAUGGAAGAGUAUGAAGUUGGUGUGGAGCUAACACGCUUACUUUGUUUCUGCAAAUUUCAUAAGUCUUGCAUUGUUGGAUGGUUUAAGCGCAAGGAGGAGUGUCCCGUGCAUAAAGUUUUAGCUUAG